AACUUUCCAACCGAGAGAUAGCCAAGGAGAGAGAGAGGGAGAGAGAGGAAGAGGUGCACAGGGCGAGUGAGACAACAGAGCCAGAAGAGUGAAAGAGAGAGAGACGACUUUUCCCUGUUGAACAUUCCUGAGGUACAUUUCACCAUGAAGCUUGUGUGCCUGUUGCUGCUGGUGGGUCUGGUCACAGCCGCUCCUGGUGUGAACUCUCCUGGGGUAGAGACUCCCACGCUGCCCUCCCAGGACCUGACACCCUCCCCUACCGACGCCAAAUCCCGUUUCGCCAUGCUGGACGACGUUCGCCUGCUGGCCAACGGGCUCCUCCAGCUGGGUCAGAGCCUCAGGGAGUUCGUCCACAAGACCAAGGCUCAGAUCAACGACAUCUUCCAGAAGCUCAACAUCUUCGACCGGUCCUUCUACCAGCUUACCGUGGUCACCUCGGAGAUCAAGGAGGAGGAAGAGGAGCUGAAGAAGACCACGUCCUUCCUCAAGGCCAACAACGAGGAGAUCAGGAACCUGUCGCUGGAGAUCAACCAGAAAAUGAACAGCAUCCUGCAGGACAGGAGCCAGCUCCAGAACAAGGUGGGAGGCCUGGAAGAGAAGCUGAAGGGACUGUCACAGAGCAUGAUCCCCACGGAGCAGCUCAACGAGGUGGCCUCGCUCAAGGAGGUGAUUGAGGCUCAGGAGAGGACGAUCUCGGACCUGCUGAGGGCAGUCGGAGAGCAACACGACCAGCUCAACCACCAGAAGAGCAAGAUCAAAACUCUGGAGGAAAAAUUUAGCGACACAGAUUUCCAAGAGACGGCAGAGAAAACGUCUGACCAAGACACGCUGUCCUCGUUGGAUUAUCUGGCGGGGAACUCGACUGGCCUGGACACGAGCGAGCUGCCUGUGGACUGCAGCGAGCUGUUCGACCGGGGGAAGAGGAACAGCGGAGUGUAUCCCGUCAAACCAAACCAGUCUGAACCGUUCAACGUGUACUGUGAAAUGAACUCAGAUGGAGGUUCGACUGUCCUCCAGCACAGAGACGGAGGGACGGUGGACUUCGACCAGACGUGGGAGAGAUACGAGAACGGCUUCGGCAGUUUGGAAAGAGAUUUCUGGCUUGGCCUCCGGAAGAUCCACGCCCUUGCCAGUCAGGGGGCGUCCAUCUUGCGUGUGGAGCUGGAGGACUGGAAGGAAGAGAGGCGCACUAUGGAGUACCAGAUCACCCUGGAGGGCCCUUCCGCCCACUACACCCUCCACCUCACCCACUUGUCUGGAGACCUGCCCGACGCCAUGGCAACCCAAACCGGCAUGAAAUUCUCGACAAAGGACAGGGUCAACCACAACGAGCCAGACUCCAACUGCGAUCGCGACCACACCGGCGGAUGGUGGUCCAACGCCUGCGAUGGCACCAACCUGAAUGGGAGGUACCUGUGGCGGAGGUCUAAAGGCGGUUCCCUGGGCAGGAAAGGGAUCUUCUGGAGUCCCGGGACUGGAACCUCUUACUCUCUCAAGUCCACCAAGAUGUUGUUACGGCCUGCGCCCCUGGCCGCAAGCUUUAACUGACCCCCUCAGCUCAGAAAAAGUUGUUGACAUGGUAACAUCAGAUUAACCAUUUACAGACUGACAGGAUGUGUUGCCUUAGUGUUAGAUCCCUGUGAGAGAUGGUGCUGAUUUGUCAAAGUGAUGCAAUCCCAGCUGGUCACUGACCUCCAGAGAAACCAUUCCAGUCGUGCAAACAGUAUUGGGUAAAGUCUGGGAAGACGACCCAGUAAGACUAGAUAUGGUCAGCAAUCUGACUCAACACUUGUUUGCACAAUUUCUCAGCACUGCACUUACAUGAAGAGAAAGGGAAAGACUAUAAGACAAUGUUCUGACAUAUAUUAAUAUAUAUAUACAUAUAACUUAUAUAACCACUGAUAUUGUCAAUUACAUUUAAUGAAUGUGACACUGCAUGAUAUUCAAUCCCUAGCACUGUUGUCGAAGCAUGAUCCUAAUCUGAUCUAUGUUUUACUUCCUCUCCUGAUCCUUGAUGUCACUAAAUGCACAACUACUUAGUAGAAUUACACAAACUAGACAUUUAGAUACUUCCGUGUUACAGACCUUGGUUUAUUCAAUGUUUUCGUUUUUUUACUUUAUGUAUUUAAACCAUUUUCAUAUUGUUCUAUGGUCCGCUAUGAGAGGUGGUGGCAAGUCCUAUUUUCAUGUUGUUUUCUUUCAUUAAUGGGUCAUAUUGACUCUUGUCUAUAUGUACUGUUUUGUGUUUCUCACAAAUACUUAACCCUUAAAAGGGAAUUCUGGUCAUUCAUAUUUAUAACGACAAAUUAUAACAGCAAUGUAAUAAAAGUAACAUUUGAAAGCUU